AUGACCUUUACAGAUUCUAUCUCUAAAGUAAAUAAAGAUCACUAUAUGCCAUUUUGUAAAAUAUAUGAUAAGGAUAUUAGUGAAAAAUACUGCUCAUCUUUACUUCAAAAAGUUAAUGCAUCUACAUCAUCAUCUUCCAUAGCAAUUAAUGGUCUUAGUACCAAUGAAAAGAAAAAUCUUCUUAAAAACUUCAUUGAAACAAUUGAUUAUACGUGUGAUACAAUGUUCUAUGGAAUUUCAGAUUUAACAAAAAUUAGCUCACCAAUUCUAAAUGAUAACCAGACAAUAGAUAUCAUUACAACUGCUAAUAGUGACAAUAACCAAGCAGUAAAUAUUGUUACAAAUAUUGAAAGUAACAAUGAUACCAUAGUAUAG